GUCGAGAGAUUCCCUUAUUUUGUUGCUUACAUCAUUGCUAGCGCAUUUUGCGCAUUACCUUAAGAGCAUAGAAAAAUUAUUCUAUGGAUUUGGGGGCAAUGUUACAAAUUAAUUUGGACUAUUCAUCCUUUACAGUUUGCAGUGAAUAAUUGCUCGGAAGAGUAAGCUUGGGGUUAGGAAUAAGAAUUUCAAUUAGUAGUAUUUACGCUGCUUUGUUGGAAUCAAGUUGAAGGCAAGUCCAGCCACCAGCAAAACAGCACUCCCCAAAAAAAAUGGUAGAUAAAAUUUUCAAGAAAGAACUUGUGAGUUGGUACCUCAUCACCCUCAAACUCAAGGAAACUGUAAGAGCCAGAAUCCAACAAAGUUCAACUCCUACUGGUACUACUACAACCCCAUCAAUUGAAUACCCAGAAAACCACCAGCAACAAAGUGGGAUUCAGCUUGAAACUGGUCAGAAUUUUGAAGAGGAGGCCAACAAACCACCAGACCAUUCGGCGUGGGUGAUCAACAUCAAAGAAAAACUCGACCAAGCCCGCCGAGAAAACACAACAUCUGCCUGGUCAAAGAUGUGCAUCUACAGAGUCCCUCAGUGCCUGCUAAAAAGUGACGACAAAGCUUAUAUUCCCCGGACCGUCUCCUUGGGGCCUUACCACCACGGGCGGAGAGACCUUCGCACCAUGGACCGCCACAAGUGGCGCGCCCUUCACCGUGUCCUGAAGCGUACCCAGCACGACAUUAGUCUAUAUCUGGACUCCAUUAAAGAGAUGGAACAGCAUGCCCGUGCUUGUUACGAAGGCACGAUUUCUCUCAGCAGCAAUGAAUUUGUGGAAAUGAUGGUGCUCGAUGGCUGCUUCAUACUGGAGCUGUUCCGAGGGGCUAUUGAGGGCUUCAAGAAGCUAGGUUACUCCCGGAAGGAUCCUAUCUUCGCGAUGCGUGCCUCGAUGCAUUCGCUUCAGAGGGAUAUGAUAAUGCUCGAAAACCAGAUUCCCCUCUUCAUACUGGAUCGUCUGUUAGGGCUCGAGAACGGCAAUCCUGACCAGAGAGGACUGGUAGCCAAGCUAGCAAUCCAAUUCUUCGAUCCGCUAAUGCCAACCGAUGAAUCAUUGGCGUCAUCACCAUUAUCACUCGGAUAUGCAAACUUCGAUCCAUUUGCAGACCAAGUGGAAUUCCCUCUGAAUUGA